CCGUCCCGGUUCUCGCGGUCUCCGUCCGCCCUCUCUGUGACUCUCUGGAUGGAAUUCCCCGCCCUUUUAUGAAAAGGAUGAUUCUCUCUUCGGCCGCACUUUCGGGCGUUUUUGCUCGUCGAGCCAUCCGUUCUUUCGUUUGGACUCCAAGACCUUCCGACCCUCGAGGACAUGAGCGCGUGACGAGGGAGCGAGUUUGGUGGCAUCUCUCUAUCUUCGGGAGUGUCGUCAAUUCAGACGAGGAAUUCCGGGUUGAGAAAAAUGAUGGGUCCCAAAGCAAAGGAAAUAGCGAGCGGAGGACGAUUUGGAUUGUCCGGGAUAGGACCAGAUGUUAUGCGCGUUUUCAAUCGGGCUCUAGAACUUGUGAGCAGCAAUUCUGUGGAUAGUGAAAACGAACUCUUGGAUCUGGUGAAGCGGGCGAAACGGGAGACAGAAAAGGAACCUUUUAACCUGCCGAAGAAGUCUCGCCCAGGUAGGGGCCCAGAAACAUCAGAGCUGCAGGCCUUAGGAACACACAGAGUAGCAGCAGGUCCGUCAGCUGAUCAUGCCACCGGCCAACAAGCAGCUGCUGGCGCCGAUGGUAGUUCUACUGCUACUGCCACAGGGAAUGCAAACAUGACGCAAGCCCAAACACGCCUUAUGAAUGUCAUUCGAGGUGGCCCAGGGCGGGGUCGCAUAGAGAAACCGAAGCGCAAAGUGACUCGCUGAACUCUGAUGGAACUGCAACCAAGCUAUGUGGACUGAAGAGGAUGCGUUAGGACAAGCUGGAUCGAGGGAUGGGUAAUAACGGUCACUGAAGCUUUUUGACCAUCUUCUCGUUCAGUUCAGGAGAGUCCAGUUGAGCAAGAUUGGGGGCCGGACGGGUAACUUUUGGAGUUUGUGGCAAAAGUUGAUUCCGAGUGCAUCUGGGGUUCGUGCAGGAAGAAAUUUUCCGGUCAAGGUUCCAUAUCUGGAGUACAUAAGGCUCUUAUGGUCUCUUGAUCUGUAGCCAAGUAACUAACUACACGUCUUACCCAUGCAUUUGCAUGUAAGCCUCUGUCUUCUGUGGCACCUUCGGAUGAAAGAAGAGAUAUGAAGGGAGAAUGAGAUCAUUGUCGGGCAACUGAAUACUUUCAAUUUUAAUUUAACGGAAUCAACCAUAUUAAUGACUGGACGAGAGCGGCCGGAAAUAUCAGUGAAGUAUCCAAAGGCUAAUCUAGUUCAACUCUCACGAGUAUGCUCGUGGAUUCAUGAUACCUGUACCCGGGCAAUUUCUUAAAUGGAGGCUAUUUUAGUGACGAGAUAGCUUUCUGAGGCUUUGGAUUGAUGUAUAUAAAUGUUUUUCACUUUUCUGGCUCUUUGUGAAGACAAAGAGAAGAAUCGACGAGACGGAACACGUACAAGGAGCAAUAAAGAAUUCUCAGACGG